ACUCCUCAAUGUGAAUGGUUAUGUAAUUAGUAAAAGUAAACUUUAAUGGCAUAUCCAGAGAUCACAGUUGCGUCCUUCUUCUAAUAUUUACAGUCUAUGGUCCUUCUGCAGCAGUUGUCAUCAUCGGCACCAGAGCAACAACUGUUGGCACUCUCAUAAAAGAAACUCCACUGGACCAAUGACUGUGUUUGAUUACAGCAGGUUGUUACUUGGCAUUGCACUCCUCCACAGAGCAAAAACCAGCGACUCUUGCGGAUAAACCAGAACGGAAAAACAGAAAUCUAAGCUCUAUUUUGAAGCUGUUUCUCUUGUCUGAUGAUAAUGGAGCUUUCUUGUGAGUCAGUGAGAUACACUGAGGACAGAAGACCGACCAGUAGCAAGUUUGUGGAGCUCCAUGUGCUGUAUGUGCCAGAUGACCAGUGGGAUGUGAAGCUCAAUAAAGUCCCUGCUGAAGCCAUAGAGAGCUUCAUAUCUGCCGGCUUCAUCAGGGUUUACCCUGAUAUCACCCUGAAAACUCUGAGGAACGAGCUCGGAGCUCUUCUUGGUGCAGAGAGGACCAUAGACAGAUUCUCCUUCCUUAAAUGUGUGGGGCGCAGUUUGGCACUGGUCAAGAGCAGACAGGAGAGGGAUCUGAAAGUAAAAACAUUCGCUCCACCGUAUGCCCCUCAGCCAGAGCUCUACUUGCUGCCCACAGUGGAUAUGGACAGCAGCGUAUGCUCCCAGUCUCUCAGCCCGGACACCAGCAGCAGCAGCUCUCCAGACCAGCACACCUAUUACCACACGCCAAAGACCUGCAGUCUGCCAGCAGGAACAAAAGAGCCCGUUAAAUUCCCCCUCAUUCCAAAGGGUUCCCAUCAGCCACCUCCCACCCCCAGCCUGGAAGAGGAGGAGCAGGAGGAGGAGGAGGAUGAGGAGCAAGGCUACAGUUCUUCAGAUAAUGAAGAGGAGGGUCUUUCCUCAAAAAAGUCAGGGUGGGCAAAGAAGGAUUGUUGCCAAAAUAAGAGUCAAAGAGCACCACCUGUCUCAUAUAAUAAAGUUUUAAGAUGCUGUGAAGCUGAUUCAGUUCAAGUAAAGGAGUCACCAGAGAAUGGCAAUAAUUGCGGGAAGAAGAAUAAAAAGCACAGCGGACAGAACAGAGCGCCCCGAGACUCAGGAGCAGGUCCGUCUUUGGAGGACAGAGAUUCAGGCUUUUCUCUCACAGACGGGCUGGGGAAAUCAAAAGAUGCACAUGCGCUUAAGUUGAUCAGGAAUAAACAAACAAGUGGAGUGACAGACAGUCCAGCAGUAUUAUCUCGGCCUGUUCGCUACACCUCACCGCCUCCAGGUCUGAACUUGGCAAUGGUCUCUCAAAAGAAGUCUGCCUCUCCUGUCUUUCACACAAACCGAGAGGACUUGAUCAAGGAGAUCAAGCUGGUGAGGGAGGAGAGAAAGCAGCUGGAGUGGACAAGACAAGAGUUAUUAAGAAAGGGGAAGGAUUUGUUGGCUCAAAACAGACACCGCAGGAACCAAGCCCGUGACAGUUGGAAGAAGAAAUAUUUCGAAACCAAGAAGGUCACAGCACCACUGGAGGAAAAUCUGAGAAACUUACGACAAGAGUUGGAGACGUUUUACAACAAACUACUGCACCAGCUGCAGGCCAGGGACAGCAGAGGGAAGCCAAGACGACAGGGCAGAUCUUCCAUAAAGAAUGAGCUCAUCAUUCAGAUCAUGACAGAGAGCCAUGUGAUUGACAACCUGAAGAGGAAGGUCGAGGACGCCAAGAUGAAACUGGUAACAGAGAUCAAGUUGAGGAAACAGGCUGCUACAGAGCUGAGGGCGUUGAAGGCUGAGCUGGCCCAGAAGAAGAGCCAGUCCUCUUAUCCUACUCACAUGGAAAAUGCUACAAGGAACAGACAAGUUCAGAGCACAUCUGUCUAAUCCACAGUUAAGAGAACUGUGAGUCAGUCUUAAACCAGACUUGGAAUACUGAAUAGUGUUUGAUGUCCUUAUUUUAUUAUUGGUUUUAUACAUUUUAUUUUACAAAGUUUUUUCUUGUAAGAAGACUCACCAUUUUGAACCUGAGUUUUGAAUGUUGUUCUCGCUUUUGUUGCAAUGUAUUAAACUUGAUUUGCUGCUUGG